AUGAGUACAUUGAUUAAUCCAUUUAUGAUAGAAUAAGAUAUUGACCUUCAAUGUUCCAAAAAACACAAGUUACCUAUAUAAAUGGUUGUUUUUGAUUCAAAAUUGACUAAAAAUGAGAGAUUACUAUGUUCUGAUUGUAUCCAAGAUUUUGAAUCUGAUGUCAAAAUGGUAGGUUUAUCUAAAGUUCUAUAAAUGAUUGAUCAUAAAUUUAGUAAACUUAGAGAAUUUAAAGAAACUUUAAUAUCAACCAAUAUAGAAUAUAUUGAAAUGAUAUCAAGAAAUUUAUUUGAAAUCAAAUCAAAUAUUAAUUAAACUAUCGAUUAAUUGAUUGGUAAUUCUGAAGAAUGGAUCAAAUUUCUUAAUUAAUUAGGAUAACAAACUUAAACUUAUAGUUUUUUUGAAGAAUUAGAACUACUUAUUUAAAAUUAAUAAAAAGAUGAUUUAAAUAAACAAAUACUUAAAGAAAUUUAAGAAAUUAAUCUAUCUUGGAUUACUAAAAUUACUUAUAAAAUUUAAUAGUUAAACUAAAAUUCUAAAUCUUUAAUAAAAGAGCUUAGAUAAUAAUUACUAACUCUUGUAAAUAACUAUAAAACAAAGGAAACCUAAUAAAAUUAAUAAUUACAAGUUGAUCCAAUUAAUCUUAAAUUAAUCAACAAUACUUAUUAUUAGUCUGAUGAUUGCUUUGCUAUUUCAUUUAAUAAUAUUGGAUCUCUUAUGAUCUCUGGAUGUGGGAAAUAUAUAAAAUUAUGGGAUUUUUUAAAUGGAAAUAUAAAGGAAGUUUUAAAAUUGAAAGGACAUGAUGAUAAAAUAAGAUGUCUUUCUUUCACUCAUUCUAAUAAUAGUUUCAUUUCGGGUUCUGGAGAUUGUUCAAUUAGAUGUUGGAAGCAAAUCAAUUUUAAAUAAUGGAAAUCUUCAUAACCAUAUUAGGAUCAUACUGAUUAAAUUGAAUGUAUACUCUUAAGUAAAGAUGACAGUUAAUUAAUUUCAUGUAGUCAAGAUUAAUCAAUUAAAAUUUGGAAUUUUGAUAUUAACAAUAAUGAGUUAAAAUUACAAUAAUCCUUAAAUUAAUGUAAAAGUUGUAUAAACAGCAUAACAUUGAAUUUUACUGAAACCAUUUUAGUAUCAUGUGGAGAUGAUAACGAAAUUAUUAUAUGGAGAAAGAAUAAAUAAAAUUAUUGGGAGUAUGAAAAUAUGGUUACAUAAUCUGAUAAUGAAUAUGGAACUAAAGUUUGCUUCUUAAAAGAUGAUAAAUUUAUUUGGGUUAGUGGUGAUAUAAAGAAUUGUAAUUUAGCUAGAAUCUUUUAAAUUUAAGAUGGAAAAUUAAUAGAAAAUAAAACUUAUAAUAUAGAAUUAGAGUAUGAUGAUGAAUUCUAUGAUCUGAAUCUGUUUCCUAUUGUAUACAAUAAAGAAUAAAAUAUUAUAUUAAUUAGACAUAAAUUUAACAUUUAUUUGCUUAGGGAAUAAAAUGAUGGUUCUUUUAAAAUAGCUAAUAAAGUUAAAUAAUUUAGUAAUUCGAUUUAAGGUUCUAUGACAAAAGAUGCUAAAUAUUUAGUUUUUUGGGAUUCUAAUGAAAAACUAUAUUCAAUUUAUGAAAUAUAAUCUAAAUGA